AUGAGUUUUUCUCAAUUGGCUCCUCCAGUCUUUGAUGGUGAAAAUUACCAACUGUGGGCAGUGAGAAUGGAGACUUACUUGGAGGCUAUAGAUCUUUGGAAGGCCGUGGAAGAGGAUUAUGAUGUUCUUCCGCUGCCUAACCAUCCCACGGUGGCCCAGAUCAAGAGUCACAAGGAAAAGAAAACCAGAAAAUCAAAGGCGAAAGAAACUUUGUUUGCUGGUGUGUCUGCAACAAUUUUCACGAGAGUUAUGGCUUUCAAAUCAGCAAAAGAAAUCUGGGAUUAUCUGAAGGAAGAAUAUACAGGAGAUGAAAGAAUACAAGGCAUGAAGGUGUUGAAUUUAAUAAGGGAAUUCGAGUUGCAGAAAAUGAAGGAAUCUGAGACUGUCAAAGAUACUCAGAUCGGUUGCUUGGCAUUGUUAACAGUCUUUGAUGGUGACAAUUGCCAACUGUGGGCAGUGAGAAUGGAGACUUACUUGGAGGCUUUAGAUCUUUGGGAGGCCGUGGAAGAGGAUUAUGAUGUUCUUUCGCUGCCUAACAAUCCCACGGUGACCCAGAUCAAGAGUCACAAGGAAAGAAAACCAGGAAAUCAAAGGCGAAAACAACUUUGUUUGCUGGUGUGUCUGCAACAAUUUUCACGAGAGUUAUGGCUCUCAAAUCAGCAAAAGAAAUCUGGGAUUAUCUGA